ACCAUGAUGGCGGCAGCAGCAGCGGCGGAGCGGGGCGGCGGUCCCGGUUCUUCCCCAGUCGAUCACUCGGUGCUGGUGGUGGUGGGUGCGCUGCGGCCCGCUGGCCUGCUGGAGCGGCUGCUGCGUCAGGUAGACACAGGUGUGCGAUGCUGGCCUGUUGACCUGCAGGUUUCUGUCCUGGAUCAGCAGCUGAAGCUCUUCGUCUCUAGACACUCGGCCUUCCUGUCAGAGGAUGUCCCAGGUCAGAGGACUCUGCAGCACCGUGGGGACGUGUUGGACACCCAUGUCAUUGUGAAUCCAGCUCACGACUUCGUUUGCUCUGAGGUGCGGCGUCUGCUCUGUGAUCCAUCCCGUCAUAAACUGCUGGUGGUGGUGGGUCAGUGCGUGGAGGAGAGCGGAGACGUGGUGUUACAGAAAGGAAGUUUCUCCAUCAGAGACCUGCUCCACAUCCUGUCUGAUGACGAGGUGGUGGAGCUGUUGAGCUCCACAGACCCAGCGUUGAAAGCAAACCUGACACUCAGCUGUCCAGAUGUCGGGCUUUGGAAGGACUCCCAGUUGGAGAAACAGGGCUUGAUAAACAUCCGGAUCAACCCGCCCCCCGUCCUCCCAGAGAUGGAGGGUCUGCAAGAGUUCACAGAGUACCUCUCCGAGUCGUUGGAGCCGGAGUCACCCUUCGAGCUCCUGGAGCCCCCAAGCACCGUGGGCUUCCUGAAGCUGUCUCGGCCGUGCUGCUACAUCUUCCCUGGUGGGCGGGGCGACUCUGCUUUCUUCGCUGUCAAUGGUUUUAACGUGUUGGUGAACGGCGGCUCGGACCCUCGCUCCUGUUUCUGGAAACUGGUUCGACACCUGGACAGGAUCGACUCGGUGUUGCUGACCCACAUCGGUGUGGACAAUCUGCCCGGGGUAAACAGUUUGUUGAUGAGGAAGGUGGCGGAGCAGAAGGAGGAGUCUGCUGGAUCUCAGACUGAAGAGGAAUGGAUGAAGAACUUGAUCUCACCUGAGAUCGGUGUGGUCUUUCUUAACGCUCCUGAUAGGUUGAAGUCUAUUCAGGUAGACCCAAGUGAGCUGAGGAGCUGUGACCAGGUCGUUUUCACACUGCAGCUCUUACAAAGACUAGAAAUCAAAGCUGAACCCCUGAGCCGGUCCAAUGGUCCAACUCUAGAACCAGUGAUCCUGUUCCAGAAGAUGGGCGUGGGUCGUCUGGAGCUGUACACCUUGAACCCGGUCAAUGGCAGCAAAAACCUUGACGCUUUGAUGCAGACUUGGCCAAACAAUGGAUCAAAUACUAAGGGGUCUGAUCUUCCUCUGCCCUGCCUCGUCUCCAUUUGUGCUCUGCUGGUAUGGCAUCCUUCCAGUCCUCAAGAGAAGAUCAUCAGAGUACUUUUCCCAGGAUGCACCCCGCAGAGCAAAAUACUAGAUGGACUUGAAAAACUGAAACACCUGGAUUUCCUCAAAUAUCCAGCGAUGUCUUUGAAGGACCUGGAAACAGUCAAAAAUGAGAAACAACCAAAACGAGCAGAGAGCCGUGAAAGCCUUAAGUCCCAGUCCAAGGAGAUACGAGCCAGCAGUGCCUUACAGAGAGACAAGACCGGACGGGUGGACGUCAAAAAACAGGAGGUGAAAGUGAAGCCAAAGGCAGCAGCCGAGACGGUCCCAAAAGAGAAGAAGGAUGGGGAGGAAAAGCCCAAAGUCAAAGACACGGAUACCAAAUCAAAGCUACAGAAACCUGCAGAAAAGCUUGCUCCAAAGAAAGAAGUGCCAAAAGAAGAGAAAAAGGAAGUGAAAAAGAAGGAUGAGAAGGUUCCUGUCACUGCUGUGAAGAAAGAAGAGAGUGUGGAGAAGAAAAGAGAAGUAGCAAAGAAGGAAACUGUAAGUAUGAAACCAAAGAAAGAUCUCAAACCUGAGCCAAAAAAAGACAGCAAGAAGGAUGUCAAAGCAGAGGAGAAGAAACCAGCCAAACCAGCCAUUAAAGAUAUGAAGAAAACAACAAGCACAGCGUCAACAGGAAGUACAGAACAAAAGAGAGCCUCAGGUCAGAGUGGGACUCUAAAGAAAGAUGGGACUCUGUCAAAGAAAGACACAGGAGGUAAAGGGACCAAAGGUAAGCCAGGUUCAAAAGAGCAGGAAGUCCAUAAGGACGCCUCGAAGGUGUCCACACCUGAGGACCUAACUGCUGAACUUAAAACACUCCGAUUGGAGGAUCACAAUGGGAACAACGGUCAGCUCUCUGCAGUCAUGAAUGAUGGAGGAAAGGUCAAUGGGAACCACUCUCCAAAUAUGGAGAGUCCAGAGAAGUUUCGCAGCGCUGACAUGGACCAGGUCUCUGCAAACCUCAACCUCUCUCCAACCGUAUGCUCCCUGAAAAAUGGACGGGAGGACACCAUGAGCUCAGAGGAGAAGACUGUGGAGCUGGUGUCUUCUGCAGAUUCCUCCUUUCAGUGUGCAGGACCGUCCUCAGAAGACGAACAUCAGGGUUCAGGAGAGAACACAGGAUCUGGUCCAGACUGUAACCAAGGAGGAUCCUGUAGGACGUCAGACUUCGGAUCUCUGAGGGAAGGUCUUGAAACUUCCACAUCCUCCCAGGACAAGCAGUCAGGUCUUCUGAUGCUGAGCCCUUUUAAAGAGAACUCUUCGUCCACCGUGACGUCCAUUCCAGCUGAGAUGGGUUCUCCUCAGUCCACUGAGGUGGACGAGUCCUUAUCGGUGUCUUUGGACCAUGUGGGCUCACCUAAAGGGGUCUACUCCAAUGGACACAUCAGUGACUCGGACUGUACCAUAGCGCUUGCUCUGAGGUCAAACCCUGACGGAUCAGAGGAACACAUCCACACGUUGUCAGAGCUGGUUACCGGUGUUCCUCAUGACGUGGAUCUUUGUUUGGUCUCCCCCUGUGAGUUCCAGCAUCCAAAGACUCCAGAGAGCCACCAGCAGCACCUCCAUCCUCACACCUCUCCAGACCCCUCCCAUGACAACAACCGCUCCCAGGACCAAAGCAGCAGUGAUUGCCCCUCAGUGUACAGCCAGGAGACCCCGCCUACAUCCGUCAGCGACUCCCUCACGACCACCACGGACUCUGACGUCCCCCCAGGGACCGAGGACUGUCCUUCUAUAACUGCAGAUAUGGACUCUGAUGAUGACUCCAGCGGCCUUCACCUGCCAGAUCAUCCUGGUCCUCACAUUUAUAGGACAGGGCUUGUAUCCUCACAUGACCCACCCCCAGCCCCUGUGAAGGAUCUGCCCCCCUUACCCCCCCAGCCUGGGACCUGCAUGGCGGACGUGGAGGCUGAAGGCUCAACUAAGACCCUGAAGAGUUCAAAGACCAAGAAAACAACGGCCAUGAUGCAGAAGACAACCACAGGAAGUACAGCGGCUCAGAGCGCCAAGUCCAAGAUGGGCAUGACCACGGGGUCUCUGAGGAUGGCCGCCAGCCUCGAAACAAAGCCCUCGACUAGAAACUCGCUUGGUGGAUCUAGGAUCGCCACUCCAAAACCUUCAUCCUCAGGAUCCAAAGCUUCCAGUGCUGCAGGUUCAGCGGUCUACGUAGACCUGGCGUACCUGCCGUCUGGCCCCGCCUCCUCCUCCGUUGACCUGGAGUUCUUCAGACGUCUCCGUUCCUCUCAUUACAUUGUGAGUGGGGAUGAACCAGUGAAGGAGGCGGCGAUGAGGAGCAUCCUAGACGCUCUGCUGGAGGGGAAGAGCAGCUGGCCUGAGCUCCAGGUGACGCUGAUCCCCACGUUUGACUCGCUGGCGAUGCACGAUUGGUACCAGGAGACUCACGAUAGGCAGAGGGAGCUGUCGAUCACCGUGCUGGGCAGUAACAGCACCGUGGCCAUGCAGGAGGAGACCUUCCCUGCCUGCAAGGUGGAGUUUUGAACCUCACCUGUCCCCUCCACACAGGUGGACCAAAGACAGAGGAGACAGAGAGAAGACUUUCUUUGUUGCCAUGGUGACAUCCAAACCAGAUGAACGGAUGGAUCUGUGAAAGCCCACCCCCUUUGGUAGAGUCCUUUUAGUGAGCAUGCUCAGUUCUUCUCUGCACAUCCCUCAAUGUUGGUCCACAGGAAGUCCCUGUGUGACAUCACAGCAUGGUUACUACGUGUCACUUCCUGUCUGCUGGAUCAGGACCUCAGCUCUAACAGGUGUUAGCUGUUAGCAUGUUAGCAUGAGCUGUGUGUUAACUUUUGAAACAGGAGUCAUGUGACACAGAAUGUUUAGGGCAGACUGAGCUCCAAAAACAGAAUGUAAUGUUAGAUCAUGUUAGCUUACAUUAGCAUCAGAUGCUAACCAUAGUGGUGCCAGCUCUUCCUCUCUUCUCAGCUUUACGCCCAGUUUUAUUGUGGUUUUAAUGUCACUCUGUGUUUCUGAUCAUGUAAACAAGAAGUUAGCUUUCAGCUCAUAUGUACAAUUAAGGCUUUUAUUGAAGAACACAGAUGUCUGGGUUUUGUUAUCUGUAUUAGGGUCAGACAGGAGCAUGCUCUGUCAUAAAGACAGGAUGUUAAUGUGAGCUCUUUAUCAUGUGAUUUAGUAGAAUCAGUGAUGGUUUCACAGCUGGUUAAAUACUUCUGUAACAUAUAAAACUGAACAGUUAGAGCUUUAUAAGAUGCUGACAUAAUCAUGAACCAUAUCAGAGUGAUUGGAUUUUAAAUCAUCAGAACAGACGGUUAAACUUUACUAAAGUUUGACCUCUGAGAAAACAGAGACUUCAGUUUGUGGUUUUUACAGUCAGUUUUUAUAGUUUCUGAUCCAGCAGGAUGAGACAAAGGCUGUGUCUGAAACCACAUACAAUCUACCACUACUAAACCCUACUACUAUACGCUCAGACAUUAUACUCCAUUCCAAGCUAAUGCUUAGGAUGCAGCUCUGUGGAUAAGAAUUAGGGCCACUAAAACACUUUAGAUCCGACUUUUUUUUUCUAAUUCUGACAACAUCAUGAGACGUUGGAGGAAAAAGUCAAAGGUCUUGGACAAAAGACAAGUCUGAAAUUCUUGGUAAAACAAGUCUGUAUUCCGAGGUUAAAGAUCAAACUAGGAAUACUAAGAAAAAUUAAGAAUUCAGACUUUUUUUCCAAGAAUUAAAAAAAAAUUAUCUCAAAAAAUGAAAUUCAGCCUGAAUUCUUUCUUUGAUAUCAAGUCAGAAGUCUGAUUUUUUUCCCCCUCACUUAUCGGUUAAUGUCACUUCUCCUUCACAUGCCAAUCAAUAUCUAGAAGGGGCGGGACUUCUGACAUUAACAGGAGGUAAACAAUCUGACCCGCCUUUUAUCAGCUAUUUUCUGAGGGUGGUUUUCAGGUCUGCAGCUGCUGCCUACGUCAGGAUUCUUUCACAUUGUCUGCAUGUCUUUUGUGUGAGAUUACCUUGAAAUAUUACGGAAACAGAGUUGUUUUAAAACAACUUUACAGAUUCUGCUAAGGAAAGCAGGAUUCAUAUUUUUUAACGUAGCAACAAUAAGCGGUGGUGCUCUGGAAAUGCACCAAGAAGCUAUGGACACACAGCCUAAACAUCAAACUCGGUCGAUCAUUAUGUGUCCAUCUGAGCAGUUAAGGUAGUAAACUGUGAAGUAAUCAAAGCCUUUUAAAGUGCUGAUUUCACUGAAAACUCUCCAGAAAGUGACAGGUAGAAGAGAAUCCCCACAGCCUAAGAGCUCAACUACCGUAUUAUAGCUAAUAGAGGCACAAACCACAUAGAGCAGAAUGAAUGAACGAACGGCUAAGCUAGUGACAGGUUAGUGUGACUUCAGUGUGUGAAGUUGAGAUUUAUCAGAGUAUGGUUACUCUUAUUUUUCUGCUACUUUUCUUGGAGCUGUUCUUUAUCUUCGGCUGGUUUAGUAGACCGCUGUGCUCCUGUUUCAUACCCAAGGGUUUCUGGUCCGUCUCGUAAACAUCCAGAGAUUCAAGCAUACAGGAAAACAGCAUCCUCUGUAUUCAGUCUGUCCUGCUUACUCAGUCACAUUUUGAAUGUGGUUUCAGACACAGCUGUAAUGUUUUUAGCAUGAGAAGAUGUUUGGGACCACACGUUCUUCUUCUGCUGUUUUAUUGAAAGCAGUUUGAUGGGUUUAUUAUGAGCACAGACCUCAGGUCCAACUGUAGUGAAGGAAAAUCACUUCUAGAUGAACUUCUACACUCUUACUUGUUCUUUGUUGAGAAUAGUACUUUUUAUAUUCGCUGUGUGAAACAUGUUUGAUAGAAAUACUACAUUACCCAUGAGCCUCGGAUGCUGGAUUAUUAUUAUUUUUUAAUCUGAGAAAGAAUCAAAUGUGUUAAUUUAUCAUAUAACUUCCAAAAAGAUGCUUGUGACCUCAGCCAGCUGUUAUCUGCCUGGCAACAGAGUUUGCAGCUCUCUGAUUGGAUGGUUCUUACAGAAGUGCUUUCUAUUUUGGCGAUGGAAAGCAUCCCGCUAAAUUUUGAGUAAAUAAAAAUCCUUUUGUGAUUUAAAAACAAAAAAAGAUUUUGACCCUGAAGCAUGAAGAUUAACCGUCCGUUUUCAUUUCUACCCUAAAAAAUAAAACAGCAGUUCAAUCUCUAACUUAUUUAUUUAUUUUAAUCAGUUUUUCUCCAUUCUUAAAUUCACAUCUGAAUUUAUUAAAGUCUAAACUUUUGGUACGAGCUCCUCCACAACUUUUAUCAGCGACCAGCAGAACUCAAAGUUCAUACUUUUUUUUUAGCUUUGAAUUCAAACCUUUAUUUUAAAGGAAAAAUCAGAAUAAAAUAAUUGUUAUAUCAAGAAUCUGUGUGAACCUUUAAAGGGCUAAAAUGCAGAAGCAGUCAGUGGGUUUACAUGCAGUCAGAAACACUGAAUCUUUAAGCUCUGACAGUUUGACUGCAUGUAAACAAACUGACUGUUAGAAAGGUUCAGAGACCAAACCCUGAGGGGUUUUUAUUGGACUAGAGGUUUUAGAAGUAAAAUUGUUUCUCAAAGAUGAAUAUUGGAGGUAAAGGUUGUGAUGUUAUUGAAAUAAAGUCACAGCUCCAGUUUAAAACAGUACUUUUUUAUUUAUUAGUCCAUUUGAACUCUUCUCUCUAAAUGUUUUUAUUUUUCAUUAUUACAGAUUAUUUCCUGUUUUUGCUGACUUUAUUUUCCUAACAUCACUUCUUUUAUGUCCAGCCUUUAUUUUCUGCAUCAGAGACAUGAAGACAUUUUGUUCUGCAGAGUUUUUAUCAGACGCUCAAGUUUAUUUUUAUUUUAUUAUUAAUGUGAUUAAUCAGGUUUUACACCCCAAACACUCUCACUCACAUGCACAGAUUUUUUUUCACAGAAAUUUGUGUACUGAACACUACUUUAAAUGAUUCUUUCAAAAUAAAAG